CUCGAAGCGGUUAACUCCCUUCCGAGCUCGUCCAACGCUCGGCUGCCAGCCGCUCCUCCCCGGGGCUCUGCCUCCCCGUUCCCCGCCUCCCCGGCGGCCGGAGGCAGCCCCGGGAGCCGGCGGGGAGGGAGCGCGGUGUCCCCGGGGCCGUGCCCAGCAUGCGGCCGGCGCCGCGCUCCCUGCCCGCGCUGCUCUGCUGCUUCUCCGCCGGGCUGCUGCUGCUGCUGCUGCGAUGGAGGCGCUGGAAAGGGCUGUGGAAGAAGGUGGAGGCGGCCCGGCAGAGGCAGGAGGAAGGCUUGGACAGGAUGGAGAAGGCUGUGAGAAGCUUUCGGGAGCAGCAUCCCUCGGUGAACAUGGUGUCCAUCCUCUCUCUGUCUCUGCCGGAGCUCUCCAAGAAGCUCCGGGAUGGCUCCCUCCCUCCAGAGCACGUCUUCUACGCCUACCUGGGCAAGGCCCUCCAGAUCACCAGAGAAACCAACUGCAUCACGGAGUACAUGCAGGAAAGUGAGACCCAGCUCCAGCAAGCGAGGCCACCAGGGAAGCCGGGUUUGCUUUAUGGGGUGCCUGUCAGCAUCAAGGACUCCAUCAACUGCCAGGGCCAUGACUCCACAUUAGGGUUCGUGAAAAACAUCAAUCAGCCCAUGGCAGAGGACAGCGUGCUGGUGCAGGUGCUCAAGAGACAAGGGGCAAUUCCCUUUGUGAAAACCAAUGUUCCCCAGUCCCUCAUCAGCUUUGACUGCAAGAACUUAAUCUUCGGUCAGACGUUCAACCCCCUGCUCUACACCAGGACUCCCGGAGGUUCCUCGGGUGGAGAAGGGGCACUUAUAGGGGGAGGUGGGUCCAUCCUGGGCUUUGGGACGGAUGUAGGAGGGAGCCUGCGUUUCCCCGCUGCCUUCUGUGGGAUCUGUGCGCUCAAACCCACUGGGAACAGACUCAGCAAAAAAGGAGUCGUUUCUGGUAUCCGAGGGCAGAAGUCAGUGGUCGCAGCGGUGGGGCCGAUGGCAAAAGACGUGGAGAGCCUGGCACUGUGCAUGCGAGCACUCCUGUGUGAGGACAUGUUCAGCCUGGACAGCACGGUGCCCCCCCUUCCCUUCAAUGAAGAGGUGUAUUCCAGCACACAGCCCCUCCGCAUAGGCUACUACGAAACCGAUUUCUUCACCAUGCCCAGCCCUGCCAUGAGACGUGCCAUUCGGGAGACGAAGAAGCUUUUGGAGGAUGCUGGCCACACGCUAGUUCCCUUUGAAAUCACAAACGUGGACUACGUGACUUACAACUUCUGCCUCAGAGGAAUGUUUGCAGAUGGGUGCACCUCCUUCCUCAAGAAGUUUGAAGGGGAGCUCGAGAGAGGCAGCAUGGGGACAUUCUUCUGGUUGGCGAAGUUACCAAACUGCCUAAAAACUUUCGUGUCCUGGAUUGCCAAACCCUUUGUGCCUCGAUUGUCAAAUAUCGUAAGAAGUAUGAGAACAAACACAGUGGAUGAACUCUGGAGUCUUCACCAGGAAAUUGAGGAGUCUUGCCAACAGUUCAUCGCCCAGUGGAAGAAGCUGAACCUGGAUGUCAUGCUUUGUCCCAUGCUGGGCCCAGCUCUCGGUAUCGGCUACCCCAGGAAGCUCUCAGUGGCAGUCAGCUACACCAUGCUCUACAACUCCCUGGACUUCCCGGCCGGGGUCGUCCCCGUCACGAUGGUGACAGAUGAGGACGAGAAGGAGCUGAAGGGCUACCAGGGGUACUUCCGAGACUGGUGGGACCGGACCCUGGCAAAGGCUUUUCAUGGCAGCGUGGGGCUACCCGUGGCCGUGCAGUGCGUGGCCUUGCCGUGGCAGGAGGAGCUGUGCCUGCGCUUCAUGAAGGAGGUGGAGACGCUCACCCUGAAGAAAAACCAGCUCGUCUGAGUCCCCAUGCUUGCUCAGAGCGGGAUCCGGGCUAGCAGAGGUGCUAGCUGUCCUCUCGUCCAGCCCACCCUCAGGACAAGCGUUCCUGCCUGCGAGGAUGCACUGAUGGCUGGGGUGGCUGCCAGCUUUGGGACGCGCGGGGAAAGUGAGACGAGCUCUGCUUCGGUGGAGCGCUUCCAACAAUUGUCCUAAUACAGUAUUUUUUUGUUAGUGG